AUGUUUCCCAAAUCGUAUUUAGAUAAUCUAAUAAAUCCAUCCUAUUGGUCUCGUUCUUCUUGUGGCGAAGAAAGAUUAGUAAAACAUGUUGAAUUUAUCGAAAAACAUAGCAAAAUUGUUCUUAAAAAUACUCCUCAUGAAUUGAACGUUCCGUAUGGAACCGAAUCACGGGAAAUUUUAAAUAUAGUUGGAACUGAUUUACCAGACGGUUCUCCCAUUUUUAUUCAUCUUCAUGGUGGAUAUUGGCAAAAACAAGUAGUAAGGAGUGAGAAUGGCAUUUUUAUCGCAAAAAAUUUAUACUCCAAAGGCAUAAAAUGUAUUUUCGUAGGCUAUGAACUCUGCCCAAAGGUGACUCUGGACAAAUUAUGUUUAAACGUCGAAAUUGCUUUAAAAAAGUGUUUGGAAUAUGCAAAAAAGCACGCAACUAUAAAUAGUGGAAUUUACCUUUCUGGUCAUUCAGCAGGAGCUCAAUUAAUUACCAUGCUGUUCAAGUCUUUUAUUCCAAGUCUUUCAAGGAAAGACCAAGCUUUAUUCAAGACAGCGUUUCUUAUAACUGGAGUAUACGAUGUACCUGCAGUGUUACAAACAAACCUCAAUGACUUACUUCAUUUGGAUCAACAAGCUGCUGAAAAUGCUAGUCCCUUACAUCAAGACUUAAAAAACACUGGUUGCCACAUGGUAGUAGUGACGGCAAAAUUUGAUAGCCCUAAAUUAAUCCAACAAGGAGAGGACAUGUAUAAAUACUUUAAGGAAAAAGGUUUUUCUGCAGAGUUUAUAUUUUUGGAGGAUCUAGACCAUUUUGAUGCUAUAGAACGUUUAUAUAAUAAGGAAAGUGAGUUGAUUAAAAAUAUCGUUAAAUGCUGUACGACGAAGUAG